AUGGCACCUAAGAAGCCCUCCACUACGGCAGAGGUUGCACUCGUGCCCCUCAAGAACUGUCUGGUGAACCUGCCGCCUUCUCUGGUCUCUCUGCUGGUCAACGCCAACGCGCCUGCACAGAAUGUGAUUGUGGAACUUCAAUAUCGCCCAUCUGGGAGGAGCAGCGCGACGAAUGGGAACACCACUCCACGGUCAUGCUACCUGGGGUGGUCGGGGAUGCCCAGCAAACGGAAGCUGGCGCCGAUGCUGGGCAGAGACGGCAUCAGCAGUGGCGCAUCUGCUAGAGACCAUGAGGUGUCUGCAGUGGAGAUUGACAUUACAUUUGGAAAAGUUCUCGGCCUUGAUGAGGGGCAGAAGGUUGGUUUAUUUAUACACCUUGACCCUCCGGUCGCGCACACCAUCAAUAUUGAGCCUCUAACACCGGAGGAUUGGGAAAUGGUGGUUCUAGUCAUCGAGCUGCACGCGACCUUCCUCGAACUCAACCUUCUCUCCCAAAUCCGCGCCCUUCCCAAUCCCGCCUAUACCACAACUCAGGCGGGCCACAUGCACCCCCUUACACUGCAUCUGUCGCCCACAUCUACAGCCAACAUCGUUAUUACAUCACUCACACCACCUCCGCCAUCUACCGCGCCGUUUGCAAAGAUAGCCCCGGACGCGGAGGUUAUAGUUGCGCCAAAGGUGCGGCAAAAGCCAACAAGACCGUCUCGUGGGGAUUCACGCAGUGUUGCAGGUAGCAGCAAAAGAAGUGUCGGUGGAAGAAGCUCUGGAAGCGCGCCUCGGCCGAAAAGCAGUCGCGGGGAUUCCAACGCUCGGAACUCGGUCUACUUGAGAGGCGUUGAUCGGGAAGUAGCCAGCCAAUGGUUCGACGACGAAGUGGAUGAGGACCAGAACGAUGGUUUCCGUAUCUGGCUUGAUCGAGAUUUGCUGGCCAGCAACGAGCUUCGAGGGGCCAGCUGGGUGUGUGUGACCAUCGUCCAGCCUUCUGGCACCAAACCACCACCCGACCCUCAAAAACAACUGAAUCAAGCCGAGCAAAAGUCUGUCGAGCCAGGCCUGCCAGCUACAAAACUUGUGGCCAAACUAUCUGCAUGGGAAGAUGCGCCUGACAGCCAGCAUGUUGCCCUGUCGACGGUUCUAUGCAAGUCGCUUGGUGUGGAAGGACUCGUAGGCGGAAUUGUUCGCCUCGAGGCAGCGCCUCCGCAGCUUCAUCGGUCCUCGGUGCAGUCUUUCAAAGUUUACCCAUUCAUGUCAGAUGCCUCCAAGAAGAAGGAUGGCCUAAGGUUCGGAGCUGACACAGCGGCAUCAAAGGACGCGUUAGCAGAACGCAUCAAAAUUCUGUACGGCAGUACCGGAUCAGAUACUGGGCUCUUCUCUGGGUGUUUGACGGACGGCAUGGUUCUCCCAAAAGACUACAAUCAACUCGCUGUAUCCGCAUUUGACGGCGCCAUCCUCCGCUUCGACCCUCCUCUGCAAAGCGAGUCCGAUUCAUCAAAGACCGGGUUUGGGUGGCUUCUAGGCGCCGAACUCAAGCUUAACGUGGAAAUACAGAACGAGAUCCAAAGACCCACAGAGCAGAAUCCAGUGACCCUAGCGAUUGAGGACUCUGUUCCUCGUACUUCCCCUGAGCUGGUUGGGAUUGAUUCGCUUAUUUCUCAGUCGCUUGCGAACCUGACCAGAUCCUCUUCUAUCAUGGUGACUGGCGGUCUUGGGUCAGGAAAGACUGCCCUCACGCAUCUCCUGUCGCAUCGACUCCGAACGGACUAUCUUUUCAACGUCAAGUAUUUUUCAUGUCGUAAGCUAGUGACGGACGAAACGCGAGUCUCCAACAUCAAAGAUACUCUUACUCGGCUGUUCAUGUCUGCAUCCUGGUGCGCUCGACUUGGUGGUCAGUCGGUAGUCAUCCUAGAUGAUCUGGACAAGCUGUGUCCUGUCGAGACCGAACUGCAGGUAGGUGGCGAAAAUGGCCGCAGCCGGCAAAUCAGUGAGAUUAUCAGCUCGGUGGUGCGAGAAUACUGUUCAUUGAGUUCUUCGGUCGUGUUGCUUGCCACCGCGCAGUCCAAGGAGUCGCUGAACAAUGUUCUUAUUGGCGGCCAUCUCGUUCGCGACUUCAUUAACCUGAGAGCUCCUGACAAAGAUGGGCGACGAAAGGUUCUUGAGAAACUUACAAGUCAAGACCGAGCCAAGGAAUCGAUCAAUGGCCAUGCACGAAGCGAGAGCGUUUCAUCCACCCACGACUCCUGGCUGGAUCCUUCGAAUCCUGGGAGCCGCCCAAGCACUGCGGGUGGUGAAGGGUUUGUUCUUUCGCGAGACGUGGAUUUUCUUGACCUGGCGGGCAAAACAGACGGGUAUAUGCCGGGAGAUCUGGUGUUGCUUGUCGCUCGUGCCCGGAAUGAAGCUUUGAUACGAUCCGUUCAGGAUGCCCAGGCAACGACCAUCAGCCUAGGGACGGACGACUUUGAUCGUGCUCUAAAAGGGUUCACGCCAGCCUCUCUGCGUAACGUCACGCUGACAUCCUCUACGACCACAUUUUCCGCUAUCGGAGGUCUGCACGAGACGCGUAAAAUGCUUCUGGAAACAUUACAGUACCCGACGAAAUACGCGCCUAUCUUUGCGCAGUGUCCUCUCCGUCUGCGAUCCGGGAUUCUGCUAUACGGUUUUCCCGGGUGUGGCAAGACGAUGUUGGCCAGUGCCGUGGCUGGCGAGUGCGGACUGAACUUUAUCAGCGUCAAGGGCCCUGAGAUCUUAAACAAGUAUAUCGGAGCCAGUGAGAAGAGUGUACGCGAUCUUUUUGAGCGAGCGCAGGCGGCGCGGCCGUGCGUGUUGUUCUUCGACGAAUUCGACAGUAUUGCGCCUAAGCGUGGCCAUGACUCGACAGGGGUGACUGAUCGCGUGGUGAACCAGCUGCUGACGCAGAUGGACGGCGCCGAGGGCCUGUCUGGCGUGUAUGUGCUGGCCGCAACGUCUCGACCAGACCUGAUCGACCCUGCCCUACUACGACCUGGCCGUUUGGACAAGUCGCUGAUCUGCGAUAUGCCAUCGCAUUCAGAUCGGGUCGACAUUAUCCAGGCCGUCAGCACAAAGCUAACCAUGAGCGCCGAGGUGCUCGACCGGCUCGACGAGAUCGCGGCGAGGACAAACGGCUUCUCGGGCGCCGAUCUCCAAGCCGUUGUGUACAACGCUCACUUGGAGGCUGUGCACGAUGCUCUGGGCGACCACUCGUCGACUACUAAGAGCAGCAAUGCUACUACUACCAGUACUGCUGCUAGUACCAAGUCGGCGUCCAAGUCGUUCCUACAAUUCCUCUACUCAUCUUCGGAGCAACACGCAGGCUCGGUCUCGAUGCCCCCGGCCGCCGUGGUUGCCGCCAAACUCGACGCCAUCAAACAAUCGAGACGCCGCCAACGACAGAUUGAGCAAGGGGUGACGGGAGCGCAGCAGCCGGCGCCGGCCAACAUGAACGGGAGCGCACCCGACGAGGCGCGGCAGGAGAUCAUAGUACACUGGGAACACAUGGAGCGGUCCCUAGCCACGACGCGCAGCUCGUUGAGCGAGACGGAGCGACGACGGCUGGAGGCGAUCUACCAGGAGUUCAUCUUUGGUCGCAACGGAGAGAUGCCCAACGGAGACGGCGGGAGAGAAAUCGGCGGGCGAACCAGCCUUAUGUGA